AUGGAUUUAAAAGUUGGUGGCAAGUUUAAAUUGGGGCGUAAAAUAGGCAGUGGCAGUUUUGGGGAAAUAUAUAUAGGCACAAAUGUACAAACAAACGAAGAAGUCGCUAUUAAGUUGGAGCCAAUCCGGACACGGCACCCUCAACUUUUAUAUGAAUCGAGAAUUUACAGGAUUCUGCAGGGAGGACCUGGAAUACCUUUUAUCCACUGAUUUGGGCAGGAAGGGGAUUAUAAUGUGAUGGUUAUAGAUAUUCUUGGCCCAUCGCUAGAAGAUCUGUUCAACUACUGCAACAGGCGUUUUUCGCUAAAAACCACACUUAUGCUUGCAGACCAAAUGAUAGCGAGAAUUGAGUAUCUUCACGCAAAGAACUUUUUGCAUCGAGAUAUCAAGCCGGAUAACUUUUUAAUUGGCUUAGGAAGGAAAGCGAACCUUGUGUAUGUAAUUGAUUAUGGACUGGCAAAGAAGUUCAGGGAUUCUAGGACAAAUCAGCAUAUACCAAUGAGGGAAGGGAAAAGCCUGACAGGCACAGCAAGGUAUGCGUCCGUGAGCACUCACUUAGGCAUUGAGCAGAGCAGAAGAGAUGACAUGGAAGGACUUGCAUAUGUUUUCAUGUACUUUUUAAGGGGAUCUUUGCCAUGGCAAGGGUUAAAUGCUUCAAAUAAAAAACAAAAAUAUGAAAGGAUCAUGGAGGUCAAAAUGCAAACGUCCACCGAAACUUUGUGCAGAAAUUUUCCACCUGAAUUUACAACCUAUUUAAAUUAUUGUAAGGCUCUCGGGUUUGAAGAUAGGCCAGACUAUGCAUACUUGAGAAGGCUUUUUAAAGAUUUGUUUUUAAGAGAGCAGUUUGAAUACGAUUUUAUUUUUGAUUGGGUGCUGUUAAAUUCAGUGAAUCGCAGGAAUGAAAGGGAUGAGAAAAAAGAAGACGAAAAAGCUUUUGUUAUACAAAGAACACGAAAUGAAGAUGAAAAAGAAAUUUUUGCACCAAGAGCAAGAAGAGAGGAACAGAAAGAAUAUACAGCUUCUAGAGGGAGAAAUAAAUAG